CAGCCUCGGCCUGAGGGCGAUCUCCUCCGGCCCCGGCUCCCCGCCCGAGGAGGAAGAUGCAGACCUUUCUGAAAGGGAAGCGGGUUGGCUACUGGCUGAGCGAGAAGAAAAUCAAGAAGCUGAAUUUCCAGGCCUUCGCUGAGCUGUGCAGGAAGCGAGGGAUAGAAGUCGUGCAGUUGAACCUCAGCCAGCCCAUCGAGGAGCAAGGCCCUUUGGACGUCAUCAUCCACAAGCUGACAGAUGUCAUCCUCGAAGCUGACCAGAACGACAGCCAGUCCCUGGAGCUGGUCCACCGGUUCCAGGAAUACAUUGACGCCCACCCUGAGACCAUUAUCCUGGACCCCCUUCCUGCCAUCAGGACCCUGCUGGACCGCUCCAAGUCCUACGAGCUCAUCCGGAAGAUCGAGGCCUACAUGAAAGAUGACCGCAUCUGCUCUCCGCCCUUCAUGGAGCUCACCAGCCUGUGUGGGGACGACACCAUGCGGCUGCUGGAGAAGAACGGCCUGGCCUUUCCGUUCAUCUGCAAAACCAGAGUGGCUCAUGGAACCAACUCUCACGAGAUGGCCAUCGUGUUCAACCAGGAGGGUCUGAAUGCCAUCCAGCCGCCCUGCGUGGUCCAGAACUUCAUCAACCACAAUGCCGUCCUGUACAAGGUGUUUGUGGUUGGCGAGUCCUACACCGUGGUCCAGAGGCCCUCUCUCAAGAACUUCUCUGCGGGCACUUCAGAUCGAGAGUCCAUCUUCUUCAACAGUCACAACGUGUCAAAGCCCGAGUCCUCAUCCGUCCUGACUGAGCUGGACAAGAUCGAGGGCGUGUUCGAGCGGCCGAGCGACGAGGUCAUCCGGGCGCUGUCCCGGGCCCUUCGGCAGGCGCUGGGCGUGUCCCUCUUUGGGAUCGACAUCAUCAUCAACAACCAGACAGGGCAGCACGCGGUCAUCGACGUCAACGCCUUCCCAGGCUACGAGGGUGUGAGCGAGUUCUUCACCGACCUCCUGAACCACAUCACCACCGUCCUGCAGGCCCAGAGCACGGACGCAGGGGACGCGGGCGAUGCGGCCCCGCACAGGCACAGCCGGCUGCUGGCGGAGCAGGUGGGCAGCCACGCGGGCGAGCGGACGUGCAGCGCCAGCCCGGGCUGCUGCAGCAGUCUGAUGGGCCAGGACCCGGCCUGGACGCCGGAGGCCGACGCGGGCAGCACUGGCAAGCUGCAGCACCAGAGACUCGGCUGCACGGCCGCCGUGUCGCCUAGCUUCCAGCAGCACUGCGUGGCCUCGCUGGCCACCAAGGCCUCCUCCCAGUAA